UAUAAAAGCGAGUGCCUCUGUUCAGUCUGUUGGAAUUGAUCAGAAGCUGUUGAAGUCGUUGGAGGUAAAAGUACAACAUUUUUUCAAGUGACACUUUCCAGGUAAUAAUUAUGAAUGUGAGCUUUCAUAGAUAUAAUUUUCCGCUGUAAUAUCAGGCUAGACAAAUUCAUGCAACAAUUAUGACUUGUACUAAAGUCUGGUUUUCCAUUUUGUUGCAACAGUGACCAAGGUAUAUAAAGAUAGCCGUUGUGAUAGAGUGUUGAUUAAUCUGUAGAAACUGUAGUAAAGUAGAACCGCUUACUCGAACUAAAUCCAAUUUCCCCUUGAUUUGACACAAUUUUUAUAGGUCGUGUACUGUUAAACACCAUGAUGGAGACUGUUUAUUUCUUAGGUAUAACAAUAGUACAAACUUUGUAAGUUCUUUAUAGUGCACAGUGCUCACAAUUGUGACGAAUGAUAAAACGACUAUACCUUAUACGAAAUCCAAUAUUACAUAAUGAACUAAAUCCAACACCGAGCCCGUUAACUCAACCCCGCUAACUCGAGCAAUUUUUUUCUUUCCUUCCCUGCAGCUUCGCGAUUCCGGUGCAAUGCUUUAACCAACUGAGCUAUAGACUCUCUCAUUUACUCGUUUAGUAUAAAUUUCCAGGUUCCUGACGGCUCUAACUAUUUAUUUUCGCUUUUUCGUACAGAUCAGUCUAUAUUGAAGAUGAAAUUUCUUUUUGCAGUUUUUAUAAUUUCAACUUUUGUUUUCUCAGGUAAGAACUGUUUACCAGUUGAAGACUUGUGCAUAUAUAUAAUAAAAAUAUAGUUUCUACAGUUUUCUAUUAAUUAAUGUGGACUAACCCGAACAUCGCCGGAUAGGUUGAGUAGCUGGGCAGCUUGGUUAACACACAGCACACAAAACCCAAGAUUAAUUGCAGAGUAUUUCAGCGCCAUUGGUCAAGGCUUGUUCACGACAGCCACGGGCAAAUAUAGUGGAAACUAGACAUUAAGAAAUAUAAAAGACAAUUUUAAACAAAAAAUUCUUGAAACGUAUUUUAUUCAGGGUGUUCUCAGGAAUUCAAAGGUAAAAGGCUGCCCAAUAAUAUAUGUACCACUUGAAGUGGAACUGAAAAUGUAUGCUUUGAGUCUAUAUCUUAAUUAGUACUGUAUUGCGUUCAACUGACAUAUGGAAAUUCAUCAUUGAACCAACUACUAAACGUUUCUGGCGUGUUAUAAGUUGAAAAAGAAUGCUCAAUGAAGAUGCUUUAUAUUAAUAUGUAAAAUAAUAUGAUUCUGUCAUUUGGAAGAUGUUUUAAAAAGGAAUAAGGACAAAUCGUUUCUCCUAUCCUACAUUUCGUCCAGUAGCAACGGCUAAUUGGGUUGCAUUACUACUGAAUAUACUUUUUAAUGUAACUGAUUAAUGUAUUCUGUUUCACCUUAGGUCAUGCUGCGUCUUAUUGGACUGGCUGGCUGGACCGAGAUAAUCCUUCAGUCACUGGGGACUGGGAAACGUACAGAGCUUUUGUGUUUUCUGAUAAAAAAGUAAGUCCAUUUGACGUUGAGAUCAGAACAUAUAUUUUAACAUUGACCAUCCACGAUUGAAAUACAUUGAAUAUUCCUAACAAUUUUCCUGCUCUUACUAUCCAACUCCACAUCCCAUAAACCUAAUCAUUAUCUUUAUUUGACCUUUAAUCCUAAUCUUAAUCCCAAUCUUUAUCUUAAUACAUAUCCCUAAUCCAUAUCCUUAUCUUAACCCCAUAUCGUUAAUCUUAACCCCAUACCCUUAAUCGUAACUCUAUAUCCCCAAUCUUAACAUAUUUCCUUAAUCUUAUCUGAACUCUAUAUCCCUAAUCUCUUCUUAACCCUAUUUCCUUAAUCUUAUCUUAACCCUAUUUCCUUAAUCUUAUCUCAACCCUAUUUCCUUAAUCUUAUCUUAACCCUAUUUCCUUAAUCUUAUCUUAACCCUAUUUCCUUAAUCUUAUCUUAAUCCUAUUUCCUUAAUCUUAUCUUAACCCUAUUUCCUUAAUCUUAUCUUAAUCCUAUUUCCUUAAUCUUAUCUUAACUCUAUUUCCUUAAUCUUUUCUUAAUCCUAUUUCCUUAAUCUUAUCUUAACCCUAUUUCCUUAAUCUUAUCUUAACCCUAUUUCCUUAAUCUUAUCUUAACCCUAUUUCCUUAAUCUUA